AUGUUUUCAAGGGUAGCUUCUCUUUCAACAAAAACAAAACAACAUAAAUUAGAACGAUUACGACCACCGUCACCAUGGACAAAUGAUCUUGCUGAUGAAGGAGUUGCUAUUUUUGUUGUUGAACGUCGUUUACCAAAAAGAUUAACGGAAAAAUCUAUUGCACAAUUACAUAUAACUACAGCACAAAUGAAACUUUUCAAUAUUCAUCAAAAAAUAAUAUUAUCUAUUCCAUCUCAUCAUAUUAUUGCUUGUUAUUACGUUGAAUAUGAAAACGAUCAUAUUGUCACAAUGAAAUAUGUUUCAGCAAGAGAUAAAUCAUCUACUAUUGAAUUAAUUAUUUUUCUAUUAAACGAUCGAUAUGAAGCUGAUGAAUUAUGUUCAUCAAUGGAUUUUUGUUUUCGCGCAAUCUUUAUAGCUAAUGAACAAAAUUCUGAUAUAAGAAAAAAAUUAUCGUUACUCACUUUAUCACUUUCAUCAGCCCAGCAAUUACGUAAUUCAUUUGAUUCAACAACAUCUUCAACACCAUCAACAAUUCGUUCUUUAUCAUUAGCAUCAGCUUCUUCAGCAUGUGUUAUUUCACCUGAGGCAUCAACGAUUGUUGAUGAUGGCUUAUCAACUCCACGUCGAAGACAUCGACGAUCACAUCAUCGACAUGAUGAUAAAUCCUCAAAUAAAUCUUCAACGAAAUCAACAUCACAAAUUAUUCAAAAUUAUCUUCUUAAUUUACAACUUGAAUUAAAACCUAAUGAGUUAGCUGAAUUUGGAAAAUUACUAACUGAAUGGCAAUCAAAUCAAUUAAGUACAAAACAAUUUGUUAAACAAACAGCUCAUUUAUAUGGAGAAUCUCGAAGAAAUUUACUUGACGGUUUGCAUGAUUUUGUGCCAGUCGAUGAACAAACAUGGUUUCUUGAAUAUUUAAAUAAUCUCAAAUCGACAUCAUCAUCAUUAUUGAGCAGUAAUGAAUCAUUACAAGAUGUUGACACUUUCUGA